AAAAUUCUAAAAAAUGUGAACACUUUUCAAUGUACCAAACCCGGUCCAGUGCGGCCUCGAAGCCGAAUCGUGUCAUACAUCACCAGCGCUGCGGCCAUUGGGUCUCUUAUUAUAAAUAGCCCUAAAUUAUCCCCAAUUCGGACAACAUAAUUUCCCGCCUCUUAGUUUAUCAUUUCCCGCUCUGCGAAACCCUACCCUCCGGCGAAAUGGGGCAGAAGCAGCAACAACCUAACCCCGAUCCACUCCCAGAGCCCAAGAAAAAGCGACGCGUCGGUUUCUCCAACAUCGAUGCUGGUGUUGAGCCCAACGACUGCAUUAAGAUUUAUUUGGUUUCUAAGAAAGAGGAAGUGGGAACUUCAGAUGGUUUUUGUAUCAGUCCAGUUGAUUUGAACAGCUUUUUUGAGGAAGAUGGGAAGAUAUAUGGUUACCAAGGGUUAAAGAUAACUAUCUGGGUUAACAGCAUAUCUUUUCAUGCACAUGCUGAUAUUACUUUCCAAGGCACAUCUGAUGGGGGCAAAGGGAUUACAGACCUGAAAUCUUCUCUUGAGAAAAUUUUUGGUGAGACUCUUUUGGAGAACGAAGACGACUUUCUGCAAACUUUUUCGACUGAGAAUAAUUUCAUUAGUUCAGUUGUUUCAAAUGGGCAGAAGUUGCAACCAAAAGCAUCCAAUGGCCAUUUAAGUAAACUUAAUGGCAAUUCAGAAGCAGCCUCUUCUGAUCUUGAGGUUGUACGCCUGGUGAUACGUAAUUUGGCUGCUGGACAUCUUUAUAGUCGCUUGGUACCUCUGGUUCUUCUUCUUGUUGACGGUAGCAAUCCUAUUGAUGUAACUGAUCCAAGCUGGGAGUUAUAUCUCUUGACUCAGAAGAAAAUUGAUCAGUCAGAGAACACGCAGCAUUCAUUGCUUGGUUUUGCAGCGCUUUAUCGUUUUUAUCGUUACCCUGAUGGUUCACGCUUGCGACUCAGCCAGAUUUUGGUAUUGCCUCCUUACCAGCACAAGGGUUACGGCAGUUACCUUGUGGAGGUGCUGAGCAAUGUUGCAAUAUCUGAAAACGUUUAUGACUUGACAGUUGAAGAGCCUCUAGAUUACUUCCAAUGUGUGCGCACCUGUUUUGAUUUAAAACGACUGCUAGCUUUUGAACCAGCCCAGAAUGCUGCUAAAUCAGCUAUCUUGCAUCUGAAGCAAGGAAAAUUGUCAAAAAAAACCCAUGUUCCUCGAUUUUUGCCACCUCCUGAUGUAGUUGAGGAUGUCAGGAAAACUUUGAAAAUUAACAAGAAACAGUUUCUUCAAUGUUGGGAGAUUUUGAUAUAUCUUGGCCUUGAUCCUUUAGAGAAGCAUAUGGAGGACUAUGUAACAAUCAUUUCGAAUAGGGUGAAGGCUGAUAUACUAGGGAAAGAUGCUGAGACUGCAGGAAAGCAAGUGAUUGAGGUCCCAAGUGCACAUGAUGAGGAGAUGUCAUUUGUCAUGUUCAGGUCUCAGAAUAGCAAGGUCGGUGGUGUUCAAAUGGAUGAAGAUCAGACAAAGACUCAAGUACAGCAGCUGCAGCUGUUGGUUGAUGAGAGAAUUAAAGAGGUGAAGUUAAUUGCACAAAAGGUGUCUCAGAAACAUGUAUGAAGUGCAACUUCUCGGCGUGAUGCAUUAACCAGGAUAAGAAUUACUGAUAAUUUCUGGUGAAGUUGUAGGCUGUGCUAAAUUGAGGCAUGUUUGUAAAUUUUUGAGCAGUACUAUCUUAGAAUAUUAGCUGACUUUAUAGUCAAUGUGAUCAUUUUAACCCUCACGUUAAUUUGAAUAUUCCCUAUGUUGACGUUAUUGUUGAAUCAACGUUUGUCAUAUAAUCAUAUUCGCUUCCCAUUUUGGGAGGGUUGAACUUGGAUCU